UUCGUCUGCCCUCCCUCCGCCUGUCAUUCGCUUCCUCACCCCCUCUCCUCUAUCCUCCUAUAGCCAGUGAAGAACACCAGCUCGGCGCCACUCGCCUUCUAGUCACCUUUCCUUGUCAGGCUCUUUCCUCUUCACAUUCUCUCUUUUCAUUCUGCUGUCCUUCGUCUAACCACUUCAAGCUCCAUCAUGGCCAGCACCGUAGCAGCAUACUCUGAGAAGCUGAAGGAGAUGUCGAUGUUGUCUCUCAUCUGUUCCUGUCUGUACCAGAAGCCUCAUACCCAAACCCUUAGCCACUUUGAGGACAUGGAGGUAAAGUCCCUGAAUAAUCGAAACUCUGGGCAGGCCUUUGAGGUCAUUCUGAAGAGCCCCACUGACCUGUCUCCAGACCGGGCCCAAAGCCUGACUGUGGCAGCGUACAGGAAGGCGCCCUCACUGAGAGACCUGCAGAAGAAGCUGGAUGCUGCUGAAGAAAGGAGAAGGAGUCAGGAACAGCAGGUCCUGAAGCAGCUGGCUGAGAAGCGUGAGCAUGAGAGGGAGGUCCUCAACAAGGCCCAUGAAGUGAACAACAACUACAGCAAGAUGGCUGAAGAGAAGCUCAAUCAUAAAAUGGAAGUGAGCAAGGAGAAUCGCACGGCCCGUCUCAGUGCUCUGAAGCAGCGUCUGAGGGAAAAAGAGCUGCACGCUGCAGAGGUACGCAGGAAUAAAGAGGUGCAGUCAGAACUCUCUGGCUAAGAAUACCCCCUCACUACUUCCAAGGCCUGCCUCCAUACACCCCGUAGCCAAUCAUUUUUGGCUUUGGGAAAAUCUCACUUUUUAAAGCCACUCUGUCUUAAGAAGUCAUUCUCACUCAUUGUAUCAGUCUCAAGAAAACAAGAUUCAAACAGCUAUUACUGUAGUUCUACAUGUCUUAUCUUCAUAAAAAUUUCAACUUGACAUUUACAUUGACACUGUACUUUAUACAACCCCUGCUUUUCAGUUAGCAAAGCAAUAUGAGCAUUAACCAUAUACUGAAGAUUAUACAAAACAAUAAAAAUCAAGUAUUAUAGAGUCACACAACAACACUUCUGUCAUUUCUGGUUCUUGUAUGAAAGGAUUAGGUUUGUAAUAUGUGUGUAAAUGGAAAGAGCAGCUAAUGAAUGAUGGCACUGGCACAAUAUAUGUAUUGGAUGAUAAUGCUUAAAACCACUAUAGCAAUAUCAGUUUAGUAAUGGGAUAUAACAUAGUUUGUUCCUUUAAUUUACAGUUUCUAAGUUUAGCAGUUAAUUUAUUACCAUAGUCUGCAAUGCUCUUGUUUGCCUUACGGAAUGUUACCUGUAUAUUAAUGAAGCACAAUUAAAUGUGUUAAACUGCAUGUGUACAUUAGUUUUAAGGAAUGAAUCCACACCAGUUUAAAUGAAUAAAAACCAGACCUGUCCCAGA